AUGGAGCUGAACGCCACUCUCUACACGGGGCUGGCAGCCACUCAGGAGAGGUGGCUCCGCCUGUCCUUCGCGGGCUUCUGUGGCCUCAUCCUGCUCGUGGGGCUGCUGGCCAAUGGGCUCCUACUGAUGGUGGUGGCCCGUGGGCGUCGAGCGUCUCACCCGCUCUUGGCGCUGACCGCUAGCCUAAUGGUGAAUGUGAUACUCACGGAUCUGCUUUUCGUAUCCUUCCUGGUACCUGUCCUGUUGCUGAGCUUCUUACGUCGGGGCUGGUGGCUGGGCCCUGCUGUCUAUACCGCCAGCCAGGCCACUAACACGACCACCAUGUUCUGUACUUUCUACAGCAUGGUCGCCUCUGCGCUUGUGCGUCACGUGGCCACGGUCUGGCCCCGUGUGGCCCUCCCAGCCGGCCCACGUGCCUGCCUGCUGCUCUGUGGGGCUAUGUGGGUUCUGGGCUUGGCCACCUCAAUGCCCAACUGGCUGUUCCAGCGGGUGACAGUAUUAGGGCAGGCCAUGGGUGUCCCUAAGGCCCUGGGCUGCCUCCUGUCGCUCAUCCCACCUCAAACCACCUGCUAUUUUACCCUGCUAGGAGCCCUGGCUUUUCUGCCUUGCCUCUUGGGCCUGGGCUGCUCUUUUGGCCACAUGGUCUGGCUUCUGUGCACACGGCGGCGCAUGGGUCCGCCAGGGGACAGUAGGCAAGAGCACAGAGUAAACACGCAGCUCAGUCUUGUCAUGCUGGUGGUCUUCGUGCUGAUGUGGGGACCCUGCUCUGCCCUGGGCUAUGUGUCCGCUGUGGGCUGCCUACCAGCCACACCUCUGGCCUCCAGCCUGUGUACCCUGCUGGCCUAUUCCAACUGUGCCAUCAGCCCUAUUAGCUGCUUCUGCCUCUGCUGCCCUUACUGGGCGGGACUCAGGGCCCAGAACAGCAGCCAGUGGAGUGGCGUGGUGACAGCUCACAAUCCACGAAGGAACGGGGAAGCUCAGACAACCGUGGGUUCCCAAACCUUAUAG